AUGUGUCGAGGCAUCGACCUGGUGCUCAACAGCCGGGUUGCCAGCGUGCGCGACGGCUACGUGACCGUGGUCAACAAGGCCGGCCAGGAGCAGGAAAUCAAAUUUGGUGCCUGCGUGUGGGCCACCGGCAUCGCCAUGAACCCGCUGGUCAAGCAGCUGCAGGAGGUGCUGCCGGGGCAGACGCACUUCAGGUCUCUCUUGACCGACGAGUUCCUGCGGGUGAAGGGCAGCGACGGCAGCAUCUGGGCGUUCGGUGACGCGGCCACCAUCGACCAGCCCAAGGCGGUGGAGUACGUUGACAGGCUGUUUGAGCAGGCGGACAAGGACAAGAGUGGUGCGCUGUCAAUUGAGGAGCUGAAGGACAUUCUGAAUGAGGCAUCAAAGGAGUUCAGCCACCUGGCGGAGCACGCGCAGGUGCUGGAGGCCAAGAACACGCCCCUGCGCGGCCUCGUGCGCGCCUUCGCGGCGGAUGCGGCCGCCGCCAACACCUCGCCGCUCUCCACUGUCGAGGAGGACACCGUCCUGACUAAGGAGCAGUUCAAGGAGCUCCUGCAGAAGAUCGACAGCGGGCUGCGGGCGCUGCCCGCCACCGCGCAGGUGGCCAAGCAGCAGGGGGAGUACAUCGCCGAGCUGCUGGUGCAGGGCCACAUCACAGGCCCCGCCGCCGCAGCACCGGCGCUCGGCGGCUCCAAGCCCUUCAGGUAUUUCCACAAGGGCUCCCUGGCCUAUGUCGGCAGCGACAAGGCCGUGAUGGACGUGCCCAAGCUCGGCCCCAUAUUCGGGACGGGCGCGGGCCUGCUGUGGAAGAGCUACGAGACGUUUGCGCAGAUCAGCCUGCGCAACCAGCUGCUUGUGGCGACGGACUGGGUCCGGACAAAGGUGUUCGGCCGGGACAUCUCACGCUUCUGA